GAUUUGGGAUGUUAGCAGUGGGGAUUCUGUGGGGUCAGUGAGGCGACAUCGGCUUGGUGUGAGUGAUGAGGCGGGGCGAUCUGUGGGGGCUUCCUGGUGUCUCUGCAGAGCCCCUGGGUCAGGCCACAUCACUGAGGUCACAGGAUCUCCCUUCACAGCCCAACCUGACUUCCCCCAGCAGAUCUCAUUGGAGCCUACAGAUGCCUACCCAGUUUUGGGCUCCUGGGAAAAGUGGAGUUGUCAGCAAGAGAGACCGAGAGGUGAAGUCCAGAGGGGACAUGUCUGCUGGUGUGAAUUUGCCCCCGAGGCCCCAGGUCCUGGGUCCAGCGGAGCAGGAUAGAUCCUGUGAGGGAUCAGUGUCCUUCGAGGACGUGACCAUGGACUUCAGCAGGGAGGAGUGGCAGCAACUGGACCCUGCCCAGAGACGCCUGUACCAGGAUGUGAUGCUGGAGAUUUACAGCCACCUCUUCUCCGUGGGGUAUCACAUUCCCAUCCCAGAGAUCAUUUUCAGGAUGGAAAAAGGAAAGGAGCCAUGGAUAGGGAAGGCCAAACUCCUCCCCCAUCAGCGGCGUCAAGAAGGGGAUUUGGGGCUUGAAACCCCACCACAGGAAACUUCUGAAAAAGCUUCAUUUCACAAUGAUAUGGCAGUUGAAGUCACAAGAGAUCGUUCAUGGUGUUCCAUUUUAAGAGAACUGUGGAAGGACACUGACCAUACAAAGAGAGAUCAGCAAAAUCAAAAUAGAUCUUCAGAUCAUGGGGUUUUCCCCAGUAAGAAAACAUUGAAGACAGAAAAGGAUUGUGAAUAUAAGGACCCUGGAAAAAUCAGUCAUGUGAGGCCCGACCAUGUUUCUUCACAAAAAAGACCUCAUAUACGUUACUCAUUUGCAAAAAGUUUGAAGCCUAACCUAGAAGGUAAUCAUCAGAAUCAAAGCAAUACCACAAAACCCCUUGAUGAGAUUGUUGGGUCUGGUCAGCUAUUCACCCAUAGCUCUUCCAGUGCCAGCGGCAAGAAUAUUCAUACAGGAGAGAACUUCUGUGAAAGUAAUCAAUGCACAAAAGUCCGUGGUCAUAAACAGUCACUCACACAACAUCAAAUUCAAGAGAAACCAGAUAAAUGUACUGAAUGUGGGCGGGACUUUGCCCAAAAGUCACACCUCCUUGAGCAACAGAGAUUCCACAGUGUAGAAAACCUCCAGGAAUGCAGCAAAUGUGGAAAAGCCUUCACCCCACAACCAAAACUCAAUGUAUGUCUGACAGAUCAUACAGGUCACGUACCUUACAUAUGUAAGGAAUGCGGAAAGGUCUUCGUCCAGAAGUCAGAGUUGAGUACACACCAGAAAACUCACACCAGAAAGAAGCCCCAUAAAUGCCCUGAAUGUGGAAAAGCCUUUUUCCAGAUGUUAUCUCUCUUCAGGCAUCAGAGAACGCACACUAGAGAAAAACUCUACAAAUGCAGUGAAUGUGGGAAAGCCUUCUCCCAGAAUUCAACCCUCAAUAUACAUCAGAAAAUUCAUACUGGUGAGCGAGAGUAUGCAUGCAGUGACUGUGGAAAAGCCUUCACCCAGAAGUCGACACUCAGCUUACACCAGAGAAUCCAUUCCGGGGAGAAGUCCUAUGUAUGUAUCGAAUGUGGGCAGGCCUUCAUCCAGAAGGCACACUUGACUGUGCAUCAAAGAAGUCACACAGGAGAGAAACCUUUUGAGUGCCACAACUGUGGGAAAUCCUUCAUUUCCAAGUCACAACUCGAUAUACAUCAUCGAAUUCAUACCGGGGAGAAACCUUAUGAAUGUAACGACUGUGGAAAAGCCUUCACCCAAAAGUCACACCUCAAUAUCCACCAGAAAAUUCAUACUGGGGAAAGACAUCACGUGUGCAGUGCCUGUGGGAAAGCGUUUAACCAGAAGUCAAUACUCAGCAUGCACCAGAGAACUCACACUGGAGAGAAGCCUUACAAAUGCAGCGACUGUGGGAAAGCCUUCACUUCCAAGUCACAAUUCAGAGAACAUCAGCGAAUUCACACUGGAGAGAAGCCCUAUGUAUGCACCGAAUGUGGGAAGGCUUUCAACGGUAGGUCAAAUUUCCAUAAGCAUCAAAUAACUCACACGAGAGAGAGAACUUAUGCCUGUUACAAAUGUGGGAACACCUUCCUCCAGAAAUCCGAGCUGAUUACACAUCAGAGAACUCAUAUUGGAGAGAAACCUUAUGAAUGCCGUGACUGUGGGAAGUCCUUCAGUAAGAAACCACAACUCAGAGUGCACCAACGAAUUCACACAGGAGAGAGACCCUACGCAUGUUCUAAAUGUGGGAAGACCUUCAACAACAGAUCGAAUUUUAAUAAACACCAAACAACUCACACCAAAGACAAAUCUUACAGAAGCAGUUAUUCUGCUGAAAGGCUUUAUCCAGAAAUCAAUGCCUAGUAUGCAUAAGCAUGUUCAUAAGUGAAACAAAUUCUCUGAAUUUCUUGAAGAAGAAGAUAUCUCGUAAGAGUCAGAUCUACGUGUAUGAUAUAGAAUUCAUGCUUCAGAAAAACUCCAGGAACGCAGUGGCAUGUCACAAAGUUACACAUUUUUACAUGAGGCAAAUUACUCAGAAAAGAAGUUUUAAGAAUGAGUAGAAUUGUCUAUAUUUGUACUAGCUUUGUUAAGGAUUAUAAAAUUACUCUGGGAAAGAAACCCUGACUAAUGCAUUGAGAAAAGUAUUUCUAUAGAAAGUGGUACAAGACAGAUUGUUACCAGAUUAUUUAUAGAAAAGUUUGUAGGAAAUUACAUUAAUGAUAACCAAAGUGCCAGCAAACUGAAUGAUGACCAGACAAUAUUGUGUAUGUACAUUUAUAUAUGUAUAUUUACCAUACAUACAUUCAUAUAAAUAUACCAUUUACCAUAUAUACAUAUGUAAAUAUUUAUAUUUACCAUAUAAAUAUAUAUACAUAUAUAUGCUAUGCCCUUAGUUCUGUAGUUUUGGCUAUGGAAUUCACUGCAUAAUAGGAGGUGUGGAUAGGUUAUAGAUAUAUUUUAAAGAAUCUAAUGUAAUUGUGUUGAUCGAGUUUAUUCCCUAUUGAAUAUUUAUAUCCUGAGGUUGCACAGUCAAUAACUACUAAUUUCUUUGAAUAUAGACACAUGAAUGUACACUUUUUUGGGUAAAUACAUAAAUGUGAUUCUAUAUUGUAUACUGUUCUCAUGGUGGAGUUUUUAAGUUUCUUUCAUGAGUAGCUCAGCUGUAUGCUCCCCUUUUCUUCCACCUUCACCACCUCUGGUGAGCCUCUCCAUAAAUAACUGGUGUCAACCAGUAUGGACUCUUUCCUAUUUUUGUAUAGGCUCCUAAUCAUAUACACCACAAGUCAGCAAACUGGCCAUCAACCAAAUCUGGCUGGCCACGUGUUUUUUUAAAUAAAGUUUUAUUCGACACAGCCA